GGCCAUAUUUUGAAUCUUGCCGUCCAAAGUGCCUUGAAAGAUGGGUUGCAUGCAGAACCGUUGGCUGACAAUGAGGAAGAGCAUGGCCAAUCCAGCAAUGUGGUAUCAAAAUUGCGAACCAGGAUCAAGAUGAUUAGACGAUCGACCUCAAAGUACCGAAAGUACUAUAUUGAUUCAUGCAAGAGUUUAUACCAUGAGGUCAAGCAAUUGAACCUUGAUGUGAAGACUCGGUGGAAUUCCACCAUGGUGAUGCAGCAAGAAGAGCACAGGAAAAGCUGCAGCAAUUUUAUGCCAAAACAGACCAAAGCCCUGUGUAUGCGACGGCAACAGCAUUGGAUCCGCAAUUAAAGUACAUGUACUGGACAGAAUAGAACUGGGAGCCAGAGUUUAUUGCCAAUGCGAAGUGCAAAGUUCAGUCAGCUUGGGCGGAAUGGAAGGGCCCUGAUCAUGUUAAGGAAGACAGAAGUGACGAUGUGUGUGAUGUGUACCGACCGAAAAGACGCCAGGUGCUUGACUCAUUGCAAGCAUAUGUGGAGGCACCUUUGCUGAUUGAGGCCAGACCCAGCAAUGACAAUGAAGACAGCUGUGAGCUUUUGUUUUG